UGCGCAGUUGGUUUCCGGAUUGCUGCGGUUGUGGAGGGUUGUGGCCGUGUAUCGGGAUCACCAGCUAAGAGGAAACUGCUCUGUAACUCCCUCGUGCGAUGCCCUCGGGUGCCGCCGUCAGGGCCUGCCGGAAAGUCUGCCGGCGCCUGUUGUCUGGUUUUGGGGGCCGAGUAGAUGGGGGCCAGCCAGAGCGGCGGGCAGGGAGUAGCCCCCUUGGAGGGCCCCUGAGGCCGCACGCCGAGCUGCCCGGGGGGAACGGGCCGGGAGAAGCCCCGGAGUCUGCAGAGGGGAGCGAAGCGCUGGUGGAGAUCUGUCAGAGGAGGCAUUUCCUCAGUGGCACCAAGCGGCAGAUUAGCCGAGAAUCUCUCCUGAGCGGGUGCCACUCCGGCUUUGGCCCCUUGGGCUUAGAGUUGCGGAAAAACCUGGCGGCAGAAUGGUGGUCCUCCGUGGUGGUGUUCAGGGAGCAGGUCUUUCCCGUAGACGCCCUGCACCACGAAUCAGGCCCUUGGCUGCCCGGGGACAGUGCCUUCAGGUUAGUUUCUGCAGAAACCCUACGCGAAAUCUUGCAAGACAAAGAACUGAGUAAGGAACAGCUAGUAGCAUUUCUUGAGAACUUAUUAAAAACUUCUGGGAAGCUACGGGAGAACCUUCUUCACGGUGCCUUGGAGCACUAUGUUAAUUGCCUGGAUCUGGUAAACAAGAGGCUGCCUUAUGGCCUUGCUCAGAUUGGAGUGUGUUUUCAUCCUGCUUCUGAUGCUAAGCAGACACCUAAUGGUGUUAAAAGAAUCGGUGAGAAGACAGAAGCGUCACUGGUAUGGUUUACUUCACCAAGAACUGCCAGCCAGUGGCUUGAUUUCUGGUUACGUCAUCGGCUCCAGUGGUGGAGAAAGUUUGCCGUGAGUCCCUCUAACUUCAGCAGCAGUGACUGUCAGGAUGAAGAGGGACGAAAAGGAAACAGACUUUACUACAAUUUCCCCUGGGGGAAGGAGCCAAUAGAAACCCUGUGGAAUCUAGGAGAUCAGGAACUUUUACACAUGUAUCCUGGAAAUGUGGCUCAAUUACAUGGCCGAGACGGACGAAAAACUGUGGUUCCUUCUGUUUUGUCUGUAAGUGGAGAUCUAGACCGUGGCAUGCUGGCUUACCUCUACGAUUCUUUCCAGCUAACAGAGAGCUCCUUUACAAGAAAGAAAAAUCUUCAGAGAAAGGUACUUAAGCUUCACCCUUGUUUAGCCCCUAUUAAGGUUGCUUUGGAUAUGGGAAGAGGCCCAACAGUGGAACUAAGACAGAUUUGUCAAGGGCUGUUUAAUGAAUUCCUAGAAAGUGGGAUUUCUGUGUGGCCUGGUUAUUUGGAAACUGCACAGUCUUCAUUGGAACAACUUUAUUCAAAAUAUGAUGAAAUGAGUAUCCUCUUCACAGUUUUGAUUACUGAAGCUACUUUGGAGAAUGGAUUAAUACACCUGAGAAGUAGAGACACUACAAUGAAGGAAAUGAUGCAUAUAUCCAAAGUAAAAGACUUUUUAACCAAGUAUAUAUCAUCAGCUAAGAAUGUAUAGAUUUUCAUAUUGGUGUAAUAAAUAUUUGCCUUUUCU